AUGGCGUCGGACCCGGGCUCCCAGGAGCGGGAAGGGCUCCUGAUCGUGAAACUGGAGGAGGACUGUGCAUGGAGCCAGGAGCUUCCUACGCCCGACGCAGGGUCCAGCACACUGUCUGCUCACCUGCGCUUCCGACGGUUCCGCUUCCAGGAGGCCGCUGGCCCCCGAGAAGCCCUCAGCCAGCUCCAGGAGCUGUGCCACGAAUGGCUGCGUCCCAAGAUGCGCACUAAGGAGCAGAUCCUGGAGUUGCUCGUGCUGGAGCAGUUCCUGAGCAUCCUGCCCCCGGAGAUCCAGAGCAGGGUGCAGGAGCUGCAUCCGGAGAGCGGCGAGGAAGCGGUCACCCUUGUGGAGGACAUGCAGAGAGAGCUUGGGAGAUUGAGGCAACAGGUCACAGUCCGUGGGCGGGGAACGGCAAUGCAUUGGGAGGAGACUUUGCCUGUGGAAACAGCACGAGAGUCACCGAGCUUCAAGCUGGAGCCCAUGGAGACUGAGCGAAGCCCUGGCCCCAGGCUGCAGGAGCUGCUAGGCCCCAGCCCCCAAAGGGACCCCCAAGCUGUAAAGGAGAGGGCACUGUCUGCUCCCUGGCUCUCUCUCUUUCCUCCUGAAGGGAACAUGGAGGACAAGCAGAUGACCAGGCCCCAGUUGCCGGAGAGCUUAGAGGACGUAGCUGCGUACAUCUCCCAGGAGGAGUGGGGCCAUCAGGAGCCUAGUAAGAGGACCCUCUCCAGGGACACGGUGCAGGAGAGUUACGGGAACAUGGACUCACUGGAGUCUCCGACUCCAGGUCAGGAGGCCCUGAGUGCCCAGGCAGAGCAAGGAGGGAAACCGUGGGAUCCCAGGCUCCAGAGCUGCAAGGAGGGCCCGAGUCCCGGAAGCCCAGCUGCAGGGGAAGAGAAAUUUGAGAUCCAGGAGGAAACUGCUCAGACUGUUACCCCUGAGAACACCCACCCUCAGGAGCUGCCUGGCCAGGCCAGAGGGGAGGUGCCCUGGAGUCCUGAGCAGGGAAGACCUCAUGACAGGUCAGACAGGCAUUGGGACCCUCCCCCAGACGAUCGAACGGAGCAGUCCUUAAUUGGGGCCACAGGCUGCAGAGAACUGGGGCGACCAAAGGAACUGCAGCCAAAGAAACUCCAUCUCUGUCCCUUGUGUGGCAAAAACUUCUCUAACAACUCGAAUCUGAUAAGGCACCAGAGGAUUCAUGCAGCAGAAAGACUUUGCAUGGGUGUGGAGUGUGGGGACGUCUUUGGUGGGAACCCCCAUUAUCUGUCACUACACAGAGCGCACCUGGGAGAGGAGGCCCAUAAGUGCCUCGAAUGUGGGAAAAGCUUCAGUCAGAACACCCAUCUGACCCGCCAUCAGCGCACUCACACAGGCGAGAAGCCCUAUCAAUGCAACGUGUGUGGAAAAAGCUUCUCUUGCAACUCCAACCUCCACCGGCACCAGAGAACACACACAGGCGAAAAGCCCUACAAGUGUCCCGAGUGUGGGGAGAUCUUUGCUCAUAGUUCCAAUCUUCUCAGGCACCAGAGAAUACACACAGGAGAGAGACCCUACAAGUGUCCCGAGUGUGGGAAAAGUUUCUCUCGUAGUUCACACCUCGUCAUCCAUGAACGAACUCACGAGAGAGAGAGGCUUUACCCCUUCUCCGAGUGUGGGGAAGCAGUGAGCGAGUGUACCCCCUUCCUGACCAAUCACAGAGCUCCCAAGUCAGAAAAAAAGCUCUUUGAAUGUUUGACUUGUGGGAAAAGCUUUGGGCAGGGCAUGCACCUCACCAGACAUCAGCGAACACACACAGGAGAGAAACCCUAUAAAUGUACCCUCUGUGGGGAAAACUUCUCCCACAGAUCCAAUUUAAUCAGGCAUCAGAGGAUCCACACGGGAGAGAAACCAUACACAUGUCACGAGUGUGGAGACAGCUUCUCUCACAGCUCCAACCGGAUCCGCCACCUGAGAACCCACACAGGAGAGAGACCAUACAAAUGUUCUGAGUGUGGGGAAAGCUUUUCUCGAAGUUCUCGCCUUGUGAGUCAUCAGAGAACUCACACAGGGUAA